GAGCAGGAUGCCCCCUCGCAAGGUGCAGAAGGGCGUGCUCUCCGCCUACCGCGGCGCCGCCGAGCUGCGCCGCUCGCUGGAGAACCAGCGGGUUGUGAAGGGCAUGGAGUCCCUCAGGCACAAGGCUGCCGUCACGGCCGCCGCCGCAGAGGAGAUCCGGUCCGCGCUGGAGGACGAGGAGAAGAAGCUGAGGGCGUUGAAGCGCCAGGCCGCCGAGGGUACCCUCGGCGACUCGACGCUGCUGAGCUUCCAGGAAAAGGAGGUGCGGAACGCCUGGGCACGGCUGACGGAGGCGGAGAAGGCCCGUGACGACGCGGACCUCGCCCUGCACCGCAGCAACGGCGCUGUGGGCGUUGAAGCCGCGCAGGAGCUGGAGGCGGAGGCGGCGGAGGCCGCAGAGCUCGCCGCGCGGCGGGGCGCCCAGGAGGCGCUGAGGGGCCACAAGGCCGUCAGGGACGCCACGCGGCAGGUGGAGCGCAUCCGCGAGCGCGGGGAGAUGCUCCAGGAGGUCGCCGAGCAGAGAGAGCAGGCGGCGGCCAAGGGGCUGGCCAAGGGGCAGGAGCGACUCAGGCAGACCCAGAAGGUCCACAAGGAGCGGGCCAUGGAGGCGGAGCAGGUGCGCGAGGCCCAGUUCCAGCGCGACGCUUCGCGGGUGCUGGAGCUGAAGGCCUCCGUGGACGAGAACAGGAGGCAGAUGCAGAGCCUCAACGAGAGGACGGCGAAGAAGGAGGCCGCGCGCAGGCACGAGCGGGAGCAGCAGACGAUCGACCUGCUCAACAGCGGCCUGAACCCCUACGAGGUGUGGCGGAAGGAGGAGCUCGACGCCGUGAAGGAGAAGCAGAAGCAGAAGGCGAUGGCCCAGAAGGCGCUGCGCAACGAGAAGCUGGUAGAGCAGCUGCUCGAGGAGGACGUGAGGGACAAGAGGAAGGUCCAGGAGGCCCAGCAGAAGCGGAAGGAGGCCGAGGAGUUUGCGCGGGAAGUGGGCGUGGUCGCCCGGGAGAAGAAGGUGGCCGCCUACAUCCAGAAGAUGACGGGCAGCGUGGAGGUUCUGGACCCCACCGGCAAGGCCAUGCGCAUCGACCCCAGCAAGGUCACCGUCCAGAAGACGGGGGCCUUCGGCCUGGGCACGGCGAGCCCCGCCGAGAUCGAGCACAUGGAGGCGACGAUCCGCCGGCAGAAGGCGCUGCACGCCAGCAGGCGCCCCCCCGUGGACGACAGCAUGGAUUUCGGGGCCAUGGAGGUGGUCGACCAAGAUGAGGUGGGCCAGGGCCGGGCUGCCCUCAGGGCACAGGAGCAGCAGGAAUCGGGCAAGCUGUGGGUGCCCGAGCUCACGAAGCUCGAGCAGCAAUACCUCGCGGCCGCACGGGAGAGGCAAAAGCAGAACGUCACGAGCGUGCAGCGAUGUUGCGGGAAGGAGUUCUCUGGUCCGGGAUUCCUGGCGUCGCCCAGCAUCAUCGAGUUUAAGGAUUUCGAGGUUGGGAAGCGGUAUCACCAGGUCAUUCAGGUCACGAACGUGUCCUUGACAUUCAAUCAGUUCAAGCUGCUGCCCCUGGAGGACAGCAUCAAGGACUUCUUCGACGUGGAGUUCGUGCCCCCUGGGCGGAUGUCUGCCGGCGUCACCUGCUACAUCACACUGUGGUUUGCCCCGAAGUUCAGCAAAGACAUCAGCACAACGUUCCCCAUUUUGGCCGAGACGGGCCGCAUCGACUUCCCGCUGAGGUGUGUCACCAAGAAGACUGUUCUGUCGGUCACCCCGCAGGGCUUCGACGAGGAUGCCAACGGCUACAUCAACUUUGGGCAGGUACUCGCGGGCGAGUCCAGCACCAAGAAGCUCCGCGUGCGCAACCUCGGCGCCCUCGCCCCAACCUUCGAAAUGUCCGUCAUGAGUCCUGAGAGCAGGUUCCUGGAGAAGCUAUCCUGGACGCCGUCCAAGGGGGAGUUCUUGUCGGACGCCACGACGAGCAUCUCUUUCACCUUCUCGCCCUCCAUUGACUUCGUCGGGGACUACUCGACCAGGAUGCUCCUCUCCGUAAAGAAUGGCGCGGACGGCGACGCGGCCUUCGAACAGGACAUGAUGAUCGUCAUCGACGGCUCCUGCGUGGACGUGCCAAUAUACUUCCCCGAGGAGGAGAUGGACCUCAAGAUUUGUAUAUAUGGCACGAUCUACCGCGAGAACGUGGUGCUGAGGAACCGCAGGAAGGACACCAUGCGGGUGGACAUAAUCAAGCCUAAGGAGAUCCCCGGGGAGCUGCAGAUCAGCCCGACCACCGCGUACGUGCAGGGCAACUCGGACCAGGUACUGGCGGUGAAGUUCAGCCCCAGGGAGGACUUCCUGGCGAGGCACCCCGAGUUCCGGGACCCGAAGCGGCCUGAUGAUUCUGGGGCCUUCAGGAUACCUUUGAAGGCCUGCGGCGCCGACCAAGUGCUCCCCGCGAACGCCGCGAUAGUCGGAACGUUGACGCAGAACAUGAUCUAUUUCGAGCCCUCGAAGCUGAACUUCGACAAGUGCGCCGUCGGGUCCGCCGUGUCCAGCAGGCUGACGAUCGUGAACCCCUGCCUGCUGCCCCAGAAGUACGCCUUCGCGCGGCUGCCGAGCUUCCUUUCGGUGCACGAGGUGCCAGACGACGUGCGCGAGGAGGAGAGCGAGAAGAUGGUCGGCCAGGGCUCUGCGGUCAUGGAGGGCGGGCCAGAGGCGUGGUACGGCAGACUGCUCGCAGGGGAGAGGCGGGAGUUCGUCGUCACGUAUGCUCCGGAGGCGGCCGUGGAGAUGGCGCACUCGAUGGCCUGCAAGGUCAUCACUGGGGGACAGUGCGUGCGCGAUUUCUCUGUUCUGUGCAAGGGCCAAGGCGUCGCGCCACUGGUCAAGCUGUCCCACACUCAGGUCGACAUGGCGUCGAUCCCCUGUGGCACGGUGGCGAGCGAGUCCAUCACCGUCACCAACGUGUCGAGAUGGCCGUGCAUGAUCAACGUGGUGCUGCCUCCGAAGGAGCUCAGCGCCCUGCACGGCGGCCCCAUCUGCUACAUGCUGGAGCAGAACGAGUCCCGCCGGCUCCUCCUCCAGUUCUCGCCGACCGAGGCGUACACGCAGCUCCUCGAUGGCGAGGCCGCGGCCGCGGCCGCGGCGGCCGAGGCCGAGGCCGCGGCGGCGGCCGAGCCGCCGCCACCCGAGCCCGAGCCGCCGGCCCCCGACCCCAAGGCCAAGGCCAAGGCCAAGGCCAAGGGCAAGGCGGCCGCCGCGCCGCCCCCGGAGCCACCGCCGCCCGCGGAGGAGGAGAAGCCCAAGACGCCGCCGCCAUCGGCGGAGGAGCUCCGCAAGCAGCCCAUCACCAUCCAGAGCAUCCGCGUGAACGGCGGGCGCCGCUGGGAGGUGCCCGAGAGCCGCACGGUGCACGCCUCCUGGAGGGUGCCCAUCUACAUCAAGUCGCUCCGCCCGGGCAAGGCGGAGGACGAGCCAGCCUCGCCGCCGGCCUCGCCGCAGAAAGGCAAGGGCAAGAAGAGGGACCCUGCCGUCUACUUCGGGAUGUCCACGUGCGUGCUGCCUGACGCCCUCGUGGCAGACAGGGACGUGCUGGACUUCGGGGACGUCACCGCGCAGGAGCGCGCGGUGCUCGCCCUCGAGCUGGAGAACGAGGUCCCCGAGGAGCCCCAGGACCUGCACGUGGAGCCCCUCCCGGAGAACCAGUGCUUCACCGUGCUCAACGCGCCACGCCCCGUCGGCGCGAGGCCGUUCCGCCUGAUGGUGGAGUUCAGGCCCAGCAGCGUGCAGGACUACGAGACUGUCCUCAGGCUGCGCACCCAGAACAGCCGGGUGCAGGUGCCCCUGCGAGGCCGCGGCGUGCGGCCGGUGCUGCGGAUAGAGCCCGCGGACGGGCUGCUGCACCUGGGCGCCGUCGUCUACGGCAAGGAGGCGAAGGAUUACACCACCGCUACCCUGACCGUGAUGAACGAGAGCGCCUUCGAGCUGCGGUUCGACUUACAAACCAUUGUCCAGGCGGACGUCAACCACACUGGCCCUCCGCCUUUCACCCUGUCUCCCGCAGCUGGCGUUGUGGAGCCGAACGGGAAGAAGAUCGUGACCGUCACUUUCCGGCCCCACCGGCCCAUGGGCAUGUUCCGGCAGAAGAUCCUCGUGAACGUGCCCAACCAGCAGGAGCCCACGUACGUCUACCUAUUCGGACAUUGUUUCAAGUAUCAGGCGUACGCGAUGCACGACGUCCCGCCCGCCCCGUUCGGGCGCCUCGAGGCCAAGAAGGCCGAGGGCGCCUUCACGGACGCGUUAGCCGUCGGGCUCGGGUCGGGCGUCGGCGAGGCGGGCGAGUUCGAGUACCCCCGCGCCAUGCUGAAGAACUUCUGCCUCAGAUUCGAGGGCGAAGAGCAGAUGAAGUGCCUCAUGAUGGGCGGGUGCGUGGCGCCGGGCACGCCCGCCGCGCCGCAGACCACCUCGGCCAUGACCUUCGAGUUCAAGAUUGAGGACUCGGAGUUCUCCAAGCUGUUCACUGUGGAGGCGAUGGAGGAGAAGGGCUCGAAGCCAGACAAGGUGGCGAAGGGUACCAUAGCUCCGGGAAAGGCUGGGCCGCGAGUCGCGUUCAGGUUCAACCCUCCGCAGGACAGCUCCCUCAGCGUUGGGGGGCUGAACUUAGACCUGCUGGGCGGCAUCGGACAGUGGGUGUCCUGCAUCGUGAAGGGCACCCUCAACGGCGGCUGCGUGCCUCCUGGGGCGACGAACGCGCUGCAGGAGAUCACCGUGGAACUGAAGGCUUACUUGCAACAGAUCUGAGGUGUGGCCAAGCCGCCCCUGGUGCUGCGGAGAUGUGGACUGCCUCGGCGCACCUGCCACCUGCCAUCCGACCUCCCCUCCCAGGAGGAUGUGCAGG